UUUACCAGCGAGGUCGGCUUUCCCAUUGGCUGUAUUGGAAUAACUCAGAAUAACGAGGUUGUCCUCGGCGGAGGCGGCGGUGCGGGGCGUUCGGGGGUUAAAAACAAACUGGCUGUCUACACUAUCGAAAAGACCGGGCUAAAGUCUGUGAGCGAACUGGUGCUCAGCAGCUCCGAGGAUGCGCCGACGAGCUUGGCGCUGCACCCAAAGGAAAAAGUGCUGGCAGCCAGCAUAAACGCGAGUAAAGCGCAGAUAGAGAAGGGAGAAAACAAUAACUGUCGCUUGUUCGAGCUGAAGAAGAAAAGCAUCAAGGCCGGCAAAGCGACGCAGUCCGUGUGCAGCACCAGCGACUACGAUUACCAACGUUGCUCUGCGUUUGAUCCAUCAGGAAAGCUCCUGGCGGGCGGAUCGACCAACGGCACAUUGUCUGUCAUCCAGUAUCCCCAGCUUGUUCCUGCGUUUCCCUUUAUCGAGGCGUCGGACGAAAUAAACGACGUGGACUUUAACCUUUCGGGGAAAUGGCUUGCCGUGACUACGGACAAGGAGCUCAAGGUGCUUUCAGCAAAGGACGGAUCCGUGGUGCAGACGAUCGACAAUCCGCACACGGCAAAGGGAACAGGCGCAAUGUUCCGGUUUGCAAAGUUUGGGCGUAGCAAGGGCUCAAAGGAAUUCACAGCUUUGCAGACCCGGAUUGAGCUCAAGGAUAUUCUGUACACGGUGCUGAACACGCGGUCGCGCAAGCAGGCGUAUAUCGCCAUGUGGGAUACUAACAAGUGGGAACGGCUGGUCACACGUCCAGUGUGCAACUCUGCGAUCACGACGUUUGCGCUGAGCAAGAGCGGGCGUCUGUUGGCGUUCGCCACGGCGUCCUUGCAGAUCUGCAUUUGCGAUGCGCAUACGUUGCGCGUACUGAUGCGUAUUCCCAAUGCCCACGGCUUUGCCAUCACUGUACUCGCGUUUGAUGCUGAGGAGAAGUGCUUGAUCAGCGGGUCGGCGGACGAGACGUGCCAGGUCAUUGUGAUUCCCGACAAGUGGCCCUCGGCGACUGAUGCCGUUGUGCAGUUUGCCAUGGCAAAUCUGCAGGUUAUCAUUGUUGUGCUUGUGCUA